CACAAUAUAAAUUACAGUCAUCACCCUUAGAUGCAUUGCUGCAAAACCCCUAAAACCCCUCUAAUGGCAUCCCUCAAUACACUCAUCCAAAAUCCAUUCACCAAAUAACCAAAAAAAAAAAAAAACCACCAAUGAUACACCUAAAAAAAAUUCAAUCUUUACAUUUUCUAACAAAUUUUCAACUCCAUAAACUUGCCUUAAACCCAAUAAUAUCAUCAACAUGCUUAAACUCUUCAACCCCAUAUCAAAUUACACAAUUUUCAUCAUCUUUUUUAAGACCCUUUUCAGUUUCAACUCAGUUACAAAAAGAACCAACAAGUUCAGAAAAGAAAAAAACAAAGAAACCAUUGAGUAUUUUCUUUCAAGAAUCUGUUGGUCUAUUAGAAAAAUCUGAACAAUCAGAAAGUGAGGAUGAAACUGACAAUGAAAGUGAAAACAAGGGACUAAAGUGUAGAUUAAGCAAGUUAGAGGAUGAAGUUAGGAUUUUGCAAGAAAAGAGAAAAAAUGAAAAGGAUAAUAGGAAAAAUGGGGUGUUGGAAAAUGAGGUAAAGAGUAAAAAAUUACAUGAAUUAUUUGUAAAUGAGGUGAAAUCAAGAAAGUCAACGCCGUUGACUAUGGAUGAUCAUACAGUGUACAAAGAGUUAUCACCUGAUAUGGUUAUGUUUGUGAAGCAUUUAUAUAAAGAAGGGUAUUUUAAAGAUUCAAACUUUUUGCCUAGGAAGAAGUUUGAUAUUACUUGCUUUGAGAAUAGUUAUGGUCGCGAUUUUGUGAAGUAUGCAGCUGAGCAGUUUGGUAGAGAUCACCAGGAGAUUGCUAAAUGGUUGUCUGGCAGUGACUUGAAAAAGGUGGCCCUUUUUGGUUGCCCUUCUAUCGCAAAGAAGACUGUUUUUUCUGCUAAGAGGUUGCGUGCAUAUUUCAGAAUUCAAGAAGAUAAUGUAUGCAGCAAAUGUGCCUUAAAAGCGUCAUGCAAGUUUGUGAAUCAGAGUGUUUGGAACCGCGAUAUGAACAAUUUACAGUUGCCUGUAGUAAUGCGGGUUAUUACUCUGUACGCGCUGGAAUCAGUUCCUCCCCAGUUAGUAAUACCAGAUGAAAUAAAGACUUCGGUCAAUCGAUUGCUGAUGGACAUUUUGAGACUUAGUCAAACUGUGUGUUAAUGCUUCUUCAGUAUCAAACAAGUAGAUCAGCAUACAGGUAGAUUGCUAUAUACUGACACGAUCUUUUUUUGUUUCUUUUUUGAUAACCGUGGUGUCUAUGUCAGCCUGCGCACACCUUGACUAAUUUCACAAGGCACCUUCUACCUCCCACCAGUACAGGUGCCGGGUAUGCUGAUACGAUCUUGCUAAUUCUAUACCUGGUUGCACUAUAUUUUGUCGUGCUUAUUCCACGACUAGUGCCUAUGUUAAUAUGAAUUUAUGUGCCAAGAUGGGUAGUCGGGUUGAAUCUCUGGAUAAGUGGUGGAAUCUUAGUUGGUGGAGGUGGCUGAAGUCAAGUGUUUGUUUCUUAUAAGAAAUCUGUAAAUGCCUCCUUCAGAACAUAUUUUUUCUUGAUCCAAGGACAGACAUAUUUAACAAGAUUUCAUUCAACUUUUGCAGAAGAUAUAUGAUGACUUUAAACCGAUAAACAAAGUGUAGUAAAGUCAAAUAUUUGCGUUAGCAGAAAAUAUAUCGAAAAUUUUCUCCAUGAAUGUACGAUAUAUGAAAAAUACGUGUCAUGUGUUUAUUGGAUUAAGAAAACAUCGGAUGAAA